AUGGAUGCUGACCACGGUGAACUUACAAUCACAACUGGAGAUGGAACAACCACUGUCACGGCCCGCUUUAUCAAGGGAGUUGACAAAAGGGCCACCAUCACUAAAGGCUGGAGCGACUUCUUCCGUCGGACCCACAUGAACGAAGGGCAAGCAUAUGCUUUCGGCUUCAAAUGCACUUCCAAGGGAUUGCACCUGAUUGUCUACUCAAUAUAA